GGGAAAGAAGGUUUGCCAUUCCCAAAGAUGGCCGGGCUGGCUACCGACGCAUGCGCCCUGUGUGGAGGGUCGGCGUGUCUCCCGGCUGCAGCCGCCGCCGCGUGUUGCGUCAAGGCGGGAGCGGGGCGCGGGGAGGCGCUUGCGAUGGGCUCGCGCCGGAUCCGAGCUUUGCACCUGGUGCUCCUCCAGCGGCGGUUGCUGCCGCCCGAAGCGGCGCCCGCGGCUCCUGCGUCCGCUGCCCUGCGGUGGCUCAGCGCCCGGCCGGCCCGCGCACCCAGGAUGGAGUACCAGGAUGCCAUUCGGACUCUGAACACGCUCCAGACCAAUGCGAGCUACCUGGAACAAGUGAAGCGGGAGCGAGGAGACCCCCAAGCACAGCUGGAAGCCAUGACACGCUUUUUGGAAAGGAGUGGGUUAAAGGCCGAGGACCUGGAUCAACUGAACAUCAUUCACGUCACUGGGACAAAGGGCAAGGGUUCAGCAUGUGCUUUCACAGAACGUAUUCUUCGCAAUUAUGGCUUAAAGACUGGCUUUUACAGUUCUCCGCAUCUGGUUCAAGUACGCGAAAGGAUCCGGAUUAACGGGCAGCCCAUCAGCAAGGAGCUUUUCAGCAAGCACUUCUGGCAAGUGUAUAACCGGUUGGAGGAGACCAAGGAUUCUGACCACUCAGCCAUGCCUGCCUACUUCCGUUUUCUCACCAUCAUGGCUUUCCACGUCUUCUUGCAGGAAAAGGUAGAUCUGGCCAUCGUGGAAGUUGGCAUUGGUGGUGCGUAUGACUGCACCAAUAUUAUCAGGAAACCUGUUGUGUGUGGGGUUUCCUCGCUCGGUAUCGACCACACCAGCAUCCUGGGCGACACCGUUGAGAAGAUUGCGUGGCAGAAGGGAGGCAUCUUCAAGCCCGGAGUGCCGGCGUUCACCGUUCCACAACCAGAACGGCCCUUAGAUGUUCUGAGGGAGCGAGCAGAGAAGAGUCCGUGCCCGCUCUACCUUUGCCCUGAACUGGAUGCCUUUGAAGAGGAUGGCAAGCCCCUUCAGCUGGGAUUGGCGGGGGACCAUCAGCGCUCCAACGCCACAUUGGCCCUCCAGCUUGCUCGCACAUGGCUUGGGCGGCAGGGGUAUCUGGAUAUCAGUGAGCUGAAGGACCUUUGGCUAAGUUCAGAGCUCCCUGCAAAGAGAACUCCACCCCUGGCCCCUGCCUUCAAGCCAGGCAAAGCUAUGAUGCAAGGCUUGCAGGCCACUGUUUGGCUUGGCCGCACCCAGGUGCUACACCACGGCCCCGUGACAUGGUACAUAGAUGGAGCCCACACCACCAGCAGCGUACAGGCCUGCGUCCGCUGGUUUCGCAAGGCUGCCCUGAAUGAAGAAAAGCCUGCAGACGGCUCCGAAGUCCGAGUGCUUCUCUUCAAUGUGACGGGUGAUCGGGAUACGGCUGCUCUGCUCAAGCUGCUGCUGCCUUGCCAGUUUGACUACGCCAUUUUCUGCCCCAAUUUCACUGAGGUGUCCACCGUGGGGAAUGCAGACCAACAGAACUUCAACGUCACCCUGGAAAACGUCUUGACCCGUUGCCUACAGAACCAGAGCCACUGGAACCGCCUGAUGGAGGCAAAGGUGGGCCAGGACCCUUGGCUCUCUGCCUCGCCGGAGGUGGAAGGGGUCGGCGGGUGGCUGAAGCAGGCCCCCCUGCAUGGCCCCCCACUCUUUGUGCCCCCCUCGGCGCGCCCACUCAACUCCAACUCCUUGGUCUUCCCUUGCGUCUUGCAAGCCUUGCAGUGGAUCACCCAGGGCAGGGACCCGCACUUCCAGCCCCCAGCCUCCCGUGGGCUGCAUCCUCACCCCGCAGCCAGCAGCGGGGCUGUCUUACUCCAGGAAGCAUCUGCAAUCCGGGUGCUGGUGACGGGGAGCUUGCACCUGGUGGGGGGUGUCUUGAAGCUGCUUGACCCGUCGCUUUCCGAGUAGAGGGCGCCGUUGGACAUCCCCACCCACCCCCCAAGUCUGGGACUGUGUUUGCUGCCUACGUUUGAAAUGUCCUUGGGAAGGAGGGGGAAAGCCCUUGCAUGCUGCUGAUUUCACCUCAGCUUGCAGAAGACAGGCUGGCCCCCCUGGGGGCUGUGUCCAUCUCCUCCUGAGUCCGUGGAACCUCCCCCUUCUCCCCCAAAUUCCUGAGCCAUGGGGCUUGGGGCCAGGACUGGGUGGCAUCCUCCUGCUCAGACGUGCCGUGCAAAGAAGAUGCUGCCUCCAGCUACCACCUGGUUCCCAGCGUUUUUUCUUUCCUAGCACUGAAGGGCUACAGGCAGGGGGAAAUGGCUGCCCACAAGCCCAGAGCCGCCGAGCCGCCUCCUCACUACGUGGUUGCUGCAGAAGCCCCCCCCUUGCACUGUGAAGCAGAACUCCACCCCCCUCCUGGGCCAAGCACAGCAUGAGUUCUCACUCUUUCGCUGACUCUGUGGUGUCGUCUGAUCAAAUCAAAACGCUGGGCUGGUAGUCACUGGCUGAUGACUCUUCCCAUGUGCCUUUUUUGAUACCCGCCCGCUAGCCUCUUUCCUUUGCCAACUCAUUGCCUCUUUCAGGAGCACUGAGCUGGUGUCUUCAGGGGCUUUUUCUCUGAAGGCUUUUUUCACCAUCAGCUCUUCAGGGUUUUGGGACAGUCUUAAGAGUUGCGCUUGUAGCUGGUUUUUCCUUUUCUAAUUUUUUUUUAAAUUCACCUAAAUGAGGAACUCUUGGCCUUACUGUUUGUUGCCAGCUUCUGGGGAAAUAAUUGGGUGUUCACUGGAGAACAGGCCAUUCAGUAGUUCCCUUAUUUUGGGGGGUUUGGUGCAUUUGUGCACCAUGCACAGUCUUCAUAGUUGACAUGGGAGGCGACUCGUGAUGCAUGCAGUUGAUGUGGACAGUUUUAGGGCUGGGGAUCUUGAGAUCUCCAGGGCUGAUUUCCCACUGGGUAUCUUGGAGAUGCAAGUGCCUGCCUCCUUUGGGGUGGGGUGAGGGCGAGAACAGCCCCCAUUCUGUCCAUAGUUUGCUGCCAAGCUCAGUCGCACGCAUAUGGCAGGGAUUAUUUGAGUGCAUGAGGGCACCUCAAAGUGGCAUCAUGUGCCAGAGUUGCAGAAUUUAGGUGUGGGGGGUUUAUGUUUGCUUUGUUCCUAGGGGUGUGUUUUAAGAUUUUUAGAGCUUGGUUCUCUAGAAAAAUUCUCAUGUGGGAUCCACUCAGCCAACGCAAUGGGACCAGCGCCAUAAAUUGCCAGGUUUGGGUAUCUGUCCUGGGCAAUAUGAUCUGCCCACCCUGUUGUUUUAGGACCUAUUUUCCUUUCCCACAAACAUUCUCUUCCUUCUUUUUCCCAGUGUGCAUUCUUGAAACACCUCAGCUUAGAUAUAAAACUGGGAUUCAGCCUCCUAUCCUGGGUUCAAAAGCAGUUCUGGAUUCUUGGCAGAGGUGCUGGCUUUUAGAAAGCACAUUACCGAUCACGAUAGCCUGCUUUUCGGGUAAUUGUACUGCGCCCCAAUACCUGCCCGUCUCUUCCUGCCUCCCCCCAUCGAAAGGAGCAGAAAACUUAAACAGAGAGUUUGUAGAAGUAAUUUAUCUCAGAACAGUGGUUAUUUUAAAUUAAAUCUUUUAACUGUUUUUUAAAAGUUUUUUUACUUUUUUGUUCCUUUUUAAAAAGUAAAAAAAAUUAAAACGAGUUACAUUUUAGAAUAAUACAGUGGCAAAGGAACGGAUGCUCUGAAUAAAGAACUGGUGGGAAAA